UACGUCAAAAUCAGUAAAAAAAAGUGUCGUGUUUCAAGUUAGAGUCGAGGAAUAAGAAUAUUAUYAAUCAUUAUAGAAUGACAUGAAAGAAAUUAACUACGACUUCAGAUGCUUAUUGUGCAGAAAGAUACUGGAAAGGGAAACUAUGAAGAGGGGGACAUUACGUUAAUAAUAUAAGUUCUAUCGAACGCAGUGAUUGCAACAUGAGUUUCCGAAGACAGUUCACCAGUCAUCAUUACGAGGAGAAACUAAUAGUUUUGUUCUUAGAAAAGUAGAAUAAACGCGUGCAAAAAAAAAAAUUUUAUAACAAUAUUACAGUUUGUGAAAUUAUUUGUAAAUUAUUUAUAAAAUUAUUGUGGAACAUAUUUUAUAGUUGAUGAGAGGAAUUUUUGUUUAUUAUAAAAUCUCAAGGACCGAAAAGAAAUUGAAAAAAUAAAAAAAUGGCAUUUGUGACACCAUACUGGGGUCUCGACGGUAUCAUAAUUUUUUUAUCAUUUUGGGUAGCCGCGUAUUUUUACAUGACGAGAAAAUUUAAGUAUUGGAAAAAUCGUGGCAUAACAGAAAUCCCACCUGUUCCUUUUAUCGGUAACUUUUGGGAUUCGAUUUUCAUGAAAAAAUCAUCCGGGGAAUUUGUAAAGGAAUUGUACGAUCAAUCGAAAGGAUUGCCCUACGUGGGUUUCUUCAUUUUUGACAAGCCUUCGAUUUUGAUACGUGAUCCCGAAUUAGUGAAACUCGUUCUGGUCAAAGAUUUCAAUUAUUUCUCAGACCGAUAUGCCUCACCUGACGUCCACGAUCGUUUGGGUUACGCUAAUUUAUUUAUGAUGAAAAAUCCUGGUUGGAAGGUUCUCCGUGUUAAAUUAGCGCCGAUAUUUACGUCUGGCAAAGUGAAGUAAAUGUUCGAUUUCAUGCUAGAAAUCGGCACAGAUCUCGACAAAUAUCUCGAAUCUUUGAACUUGGGAGAUAAAGAGAAAAAUCUCGAAAUGAAAGAAAUUUGUGCAAAAUUUACAACCGAUUUGAUCGGUACGACCGCUUUCGGUAUUCGCGCCAAUUCUCUGAGCAAUCCUGAUGCCGAUUUUCGCAAAUAYGGUAGAAAGAUCUUCGACUACRACAUWAAACGUGGCUUCGAMUUCUUGUCGAUAUUUUUUAUCCCUGGAAUCGUCAAAUYGAYGGGGGCAACAUUUUUCGGCAAAGAAGUGAGCAACUUUUUACGUACYMUCUUCUGGCAAGUCWUCRACGAAAGAAUUGCUUCUGGUCWUAAGAGGAACGAUCUGAUCGAUUUGWUGAUCGAAUUGAAWAACACUUACGGUGACCAAGAUCUYGGCGGAUUCAGAUUUAGCGGUGACGAUUUGGUAGCACAAACAGCUGUCUUCUUUUCUGGCGGUUUUGAAACAUCCUCAACGGUUAUGGCCUUUACUCUUUACGAAUUAGCACUUAAUCAGGAAAUACAGACAAAACUUAGACAAGAGAUUCUGGAUACUUUAAAUGAAAAUGACGGAAAAGUUUCUUACGAUAUGAUAAAUUCCAUGACAUACAUGGACAUGGUCGUUUCCGAAACGUUACGAAUGUAUCCUCCAUUAGGAUUUUUGGAUCGAGUUGCUACUAAUGAUUACAAAUUACCAGAUUCAGAUGUAAUCAUUGAAAAGGGUACUCCAAUUAUGAUAUCAAUGAUUGGUAUGCAUUACGAUGAACAGUACUUUCUUAAUCCUACAAAAUUUGAUCCUGAACGAUUUAAUAAUGUCAAUAAGAAAAGCAGACCCGGUUACGUUUAUUUUCCGUUUGGUGAAGGACAACGUAUUUGUAUAGGUUCACGAAUUGGAUUAUUGCAAGCAAAAUUAGGGAUUUUACAUUUACUCAAACAACACGAAUAUUCUCCGUCCGAGCAUACAACAGUACCGAUGCGUUUAAAUCCAAAGGGUUUGACAGCAUCGCCAAUCAAUGGAAUACAGUUGAAUGUUCGAAAAUUCUUUUAGAAUGUUGCUUAAAUAUGUUCGAAGGAUUUCACACAAAUGUAGUAAUUAUUUUAGUGUAGAUUUAAUGAUUUCAUUUUUAAAGGAACCUAAAAAUUAUUGGAUUAAUCUGUUCUUCUUUUUUGAUAUAAUUGGACAUCGUUUUCUUUUCAAAUGUUUUCUUUUACUUAUUCGCAUUUUUAAAGAUACACGAGGAAAAUUCCACUUUUUUAGAUUUUGUUUUUUUUCUUAAUUCGGUACGAUUAUUUGUGAUUUAUGUUUGUGUAUUGUGUAUACUGUUUAUUUCACUCGGAUAAUUUUCUUUUACAAAACAGAUAAAACUGUCUAUGUUAUUAAAAUUUAAGGAUCAUUUACAUAAUGACAUUGCAACAAUAUAUUUUUUAAUUACGACAUCUUGCAAUUAAAUGGAAUGAUAGAUACCAUGUA